ACAACCACUACGGAUCAUGUUGUGGUCAAGUCAUCAGGCUACAUUGAACUGAUUAUCAUAAACUGUAUUAUAUGAUGAUUACAUAACUACAUAGUCCUUACCUAGAAUGUAAACUUUAAAAUGACAUAACCAUGUUAUUAUUACCUACUAUACACCAAGUAUGUGAAGAUAUUGGGACUUGUAAGUAACACAGUAACUGCUUCACCAGUUUAGGUUAUUUUGUGACUCUUUCUAAAUGGUGUUGCAGAUAUUCUCCAGAUCAGCACAGCAGAGUCAGCAGCUAAAGCUGAGGAGACCUGGGGACAACUACGGCACCUAGACCAGGAGGUGAGUUCUCUGGGGAAGGAGGUGGCAGAGCUGGGCCAAGUAAUGAGGAGUAUGGUUCACCUGAUGGAGUCCCUCAUCUCCGGACCCAAACCCCUCUAUCCUGCACACUUUGUACCUGGACACCCCACGUACCUGCCCCACCCUGCGCCAACAUCCCACGCCACCCCCCCACAGUCCUAUCCUUCCCCCUCUCAGACUGGACCUCUCUGGGAAGACACCCCCCUCACCACCCCCUCUCCUUGCACCUCUCCACUUGUUGGCCAUGUCCAGCGGCAUCCUGGGAUGUUCCACGUGGAUCCCGCCCUCACCGCCUUUCCACACAGACCACAGAACCUCCACCUGGUCUACCCUAUGUGCCCAGGCCCGGCCUCCUCCCCCCUUUCACGCCCCUACCCCCCCUCCUUCUCCCUCACGGACGCCUCAACAGAGCUACUGCUCCCCUCGCCCCUCACCUCUCCCGGGAAGCCCCACUGUGGAGGGGGAGGGGGCGCUGGGUCCUUCAGGUUGCGGGCACGGAGUCUGGAGACCACACAGCCACCGCGUGAUAGGAGAGGAGGGGCCCCUCAGAGCUCCGGGAGCCUGCCCCGCCCUGGAGGGAGCUACCAGCACAUGGAUUUGUAGCGGACUGAACUGGACUAAAGUGGACUCUCACUUAGAUACUGGACUAAAGAGAUACUGGACUAAAGGAGUGGAUGGGACUAACAACCAGGUCCCUAUAUCAUCAGACUACACUCUUACAGGGACACACAGAUCUCUGAUAAUACUGAUAACAUUUCAUUUUCUAUCUCCGUUUCCAAGGCACAUUUUUAUUUUCAAAUUGCAUGACAAAAGUAGAGGGGCAGUAGGUAGUCUAUAGGUAGCUACAUUGUAUAGACGUUCCAGUAGUGUUCUGGAGGGGUAUAGAAGCAAGAAUGUAGCUGUGACGUUGUGUUAUUCUCUGGAGAAGACCCUGGGGGUCUGAAGGAGAGGAGAAGAGCAGUACUGCACAAUGACAGAGGAGGAGGAGGAGGGGACUGAGUCGCAUCAGGGAUGGAUGGAAUAGUAGAGA